GAGCGAUUUGAAUUUAAAAGCAUUGCAUGAGAAGUGUAGUAAUGGAAUCAUCAAAAAUGGUGAAUUUGUGUGGUCGCGAUCAUGCGUUAAAAUGCCGAAAGUUGAUUUCAGUUUUUGGGAAUGGUUUUUUGGCAACAUCAGAUUUGUCGAAAAAUGUCUCAGUGAUGCAUGGAAGGAUGGACGUAUUGACGGUUUUUCGAGUAGCAAAUUAAGCGCUAAGCAGCUUCACAAUCGACCAGUUGGUACUUUUUUGCUGAGAUUUUCUGACUGUGUAAUUGGGGCACUGACUCCUGUUUAUGUUGCACGCGAUGGAACGAUAAAGAAGUUAACGCCAAUUGCGUUUAAAGAAUUUGAAAUAAUAAAUCAUGGACCCAAUGAUCCGGAGUAUUAUGGAAUUGGCAAUCUUAUCUCUAGAUUAGAAGAAUGCACACACUUUUGGAAUGGUAUGUCGAAAUUGGAGGCAUUCGAUAAAUACUAUAAAAGUGUAAAAAAAUCAAAAGAUGGUUACGUGGAAAGAAUAGAUGCCCAUUCGCGAUUUGACGCCAACCCUUCGGGGUCGUCAUCAACAUUAUAUUCUCCAACAACACAGAGCGUUGAAUCUGGAAUAAAUCAAUCAAUCGCUUCACCUAGCGUCAGUUCAUCAACUAUCAGCACAUUGUCAAAUAAAAUUCCUGUUCACAAUGGAUUUUUGCCUCAUGCAUCGGAUGGAUUUCCGUCUGAUACCUUUAUGGCACCUUAUCACUUGGCCAACUGUUCACCGGCAAUACCAUUUGAACCAUCACAACUUCUUAUUCCCUCUUCCGAUAAUUCAUCGCAACCGGGAUUUGUGUCCUCAUCGGGAUUUGUACCUUCACCGUCACAGCCACAGAGCCUUGAAUCUGGAAAUAAUUUGACCAGUUCACCUGGCUUCGCAACAGAACCUCCCAACACAGUGCCAAACGAUAAUACUUACGCCACUGGAUUUUCUUCUAAUAUAUCGACUUUGCCCAGCCCUAACUUCUCACCGUCAAUACCAUUUCGACCAUCACCGUCACCCGUACAGUCGCAGAGCGUUCAAUUUCAGAAAAACUUCACCGGUUCACCUGGCUUCGCAUCACCUCCCAACACAGUGCCAAUCGAAAAUACUUACGCCGUUGGAUUUUCUUCUUUUAUACCGUCUCCCUAUGUAGAACCACUUUAUUUGCCGAAUUCCAACUCUCUUAACGUGACACAAGCAGAGUAUAAUCGAUCAGUCUUGAAUACGCCGGUACCACAGCCCCAUUAUCAUAAUUAUUCUGAUGACCCAACUAACCAUUAUAACAUAAAUUCAAAUAUGCUGCCAAUUAAUCAAUUCAAUUAUGGUAAUGCAUCCAUCGAGCCACAUAAUUACGUGAAUAAUUAUGAUAAUGGUGGAGAUAUUUCCAUGGCCAAUUCAAAUGCCAACGAUUUAAAUGUUUUGACGCUAAAUGAACCGUUUAACAAACUUUGGAGCGAUUUCAAUAAAUAUAAAAAAUAACUUGAAAUUUGGCAUAAUUUGGACAAAGUCGGUAUUUAAAAAAAAAAUUAAAGGAGACAUCUCUACUAAUUAUGCCAUUUCCCGGAGAUCAUAUUAGGAUUAUAUUAACAAAUGUAAUGGAAUUGAUGUAAUAUGAUAAAAUUAAACAUUUA